UCAUUCGCAACUCACCCGACUAAAUGAGUAUAGAGACGGCAGUACUGGCAUCCAAAACUGGAAGAAUUUGAGCAAGAGCAAGUCUGGGGCGAAAACAGAAGGGCGCAGUCUAGAAUGAAGGCAUUGCGAAACCGAGUCGAAACGAUUGAUCGCAGAGCUACGGGCAUCAAGGACAAUCUGAUAUCUCUCACCAACAUGUCUUCCACGAAAGCAAUUCUAAUGACUACGGCAGACACCUCGAGGAUGAAGAUAAUUUCCAUUCUGACAGCUGUCUUUUUACCCUUCACCGUCGUUGCAGUUGUGUUAACAAUCCCAAUGUUUGAAUGGCCGAAGGCUAAGGAAGGAGAUAUCCUCGUACCCUUACCAUUCAAGAUAUUUUGGGCGACAAGUCUUCCUCUUGCUGCCAUAAUUGGAUUACUUAUGUGGUUAAUUUCUGAAGGCGAAAAGCGCGACUGGAAGUUACAUCCGAAAGCGUCGGAAAGUCAGCCUGGAGACAAGGCGUCAAGGUCCCCUUCUUCCCAACCGGCGAGCCGCCUCAAGGUCGCUUCCAGCAACGUCCAAGGGAACGCUGCUGUGAGUUCGCGAGCAGGAACACAGGCCAAUAAAUCGGCGGGUAAGAACAGAACCAUCGCCAACGACAAGAGUGGAAUCAUACCGAGAUGGUUCCGGCGAGGUCCAAAAAGGGCAACUGAUAUCGAAAGCGUUCAUAGCGAACCACAGGGAGACCUGGUAGUAGAAACGGACAUAGGGAAACAAGAUUGACCUCAAGAACUUUCCUUUUUAGUGGGUCUGUUGGAAAAUGGACGAGUAUCAGAGCCAUGCGCGCGCAUCCAUAAAGGAUGCAGGAUAAGGAGGGCUUUUUGGGAGGGUUAAGUGGGGAGAAUGCGUUCUGGCUAUUUUCAAAGCGACGAAUGGUAAUAAAUGAUUGCUGUAUUGGUAUUUGCAUCUAAAAGAUAAUAAGGAUCUUGGGUUUCAUAUAAAGUUAUGGUAUUUUCAUCUCAAAAUCAGCUAGCAGAAGAAUAGAUGCGUAGGUAAUGGCAAG